GGGACCGUCUGGUGCGUUUGAUAAUUGAAAAGGAAGGUACCGGAUCCGGGGAGCAAGAAGACAUGAUACCAAGUGCGGAAGAGAGAGAAAUGCUUCGAUACUAUUACUAUGUGAAGUACGGCGUUGAUACGGUGCAUGUAGCUCCAUUGGACGAAGAAGUACUCACUAGGGUGCUAUCAUUAGUACCGAGGAAACUGAUGGUAUGGGAGAAAACUCUAGCGGAAUCAGUCCAAGACGUGAAAGACGAUUUCAUGAUGGCUGUAAAGAAAGCGAUCAUAGACUUUGUCCUUCAAGAUCCAUCCUUUGUAAGGACAUCCGCUGAAAUAGACAAUGCUUUCAAACAGGAGAUGAAGCAAACUGGGACCAGUUUUAGGGCAAACUUCGCAUCGGCGAAAGUCAAGAUUGCAAGAAACCUGCAUAUAGUUAAUCCUUGUCUAGCCGCUUUGCCAGAUAUAUGGUACUCUAGUUACAGACAUUUGAGACUGAUAAAUACAGCCGAACUGAUGGAACAUGAGGGCGCUUUCGACCUACAGGAAUUCAAGUAUAUGGCGAAUAAGCACAUCGAAAAAUGCAAAGCUACCUUUAUGGACCAGUAUUUUUACCAAGUGACGGACGUGUUUUUGCAAGGAAAUAAAAAAGGCAAACUGCCAGAUCCUAGUAAGAUGAGGAAAGUGGUGUCUUUCUACAAUGCUGUAGCUGCUAUUAUGACGCAUCACUUGCAAAUGCUCUGCAUGAAGUCGCUCUACGACUAUGUCAAGUAUAUAACUGAUGUUAAGUAUUCAAAUAAGGGAUUCCAAAUCAAACUAAUACAGAGAGCGAACAUUUUAGCUUUCGAUCCAACCUUCAAAAGUUUCAGAGACAUUCUUAUAGGUCUUAUUGAUCUCAUUGUCGAAGCUGUGACAGAUAUACCCAGAUUGGAAACGAAACUUUACCUUGACUGGGGAAAUGAGGAUUUUCUAAAGCCAAUAAUACCAGAGGAAAUAAUUGAGGUAUACAAAAAGCAAAUUAAGGAAGUACUUGACGAGCAGAGGAUUGGUCCUGAACUCCGAGUACAAGAUUUCGAUGAAUUUCUUUCGUUGAUAAAUGGAAAGGCAGAAGAAUACGUGAAUAAUUUUAUCUCGUACGAGCACAAUUUUGACGAUUAUGUCGAGCAAAUUUUGAAGUAUAAGACGUUGUGUGAAAGGAUCCCGUUUGCAACUGAACAUGUUGUGCGUAUGGAGAUGUACGAUAUGAACAGACUGGAGCUUAUCAAGGCUCUGGAGCUUCAGGCAGAUAAUCUAAAGGAUGCUUUAAUUCAACAUUGUAUCAAGCAUUAUCAACAAAUGUGCAAGUCCCUGGGUGAAGAGUAUCAGACGAUCUCAGACAAAGUUCUGACCGUACCCGAAGAUACCGCAAGUCUGAUGGCUCUGAUAAAAUUUGUCGAAGAAGUUGAAACCAAAACGUUGCCAGCCAUGGAAGACAGAUUAAGAGAUGUGAUGACAUACAUAUUGUUUCUUGCGGACCACAUUAUUUUCACACCUGUUGAGAUGAAAGUCAACAAUAACGCCUUCCAAUGGUACUUGUACAUGCCAAAAGUGAUGGAGGAACAUCGCGCUAUGGUGGAUUCCAAGAUAGAGGAAUUCCAAGUAUUCUUGACCGUGAAGAUACAAAAGUUCCAUGAAGACUUGGAAAUGUACGCGAAAAUGGUUGAAGAGCUGCAAUACAAUGGCAGUAUCGAAGAACUGGCUAGAUAUCACAGAAAGGCUACAAAACUCAAUGAAAGACUGGUCCAGGCUAUGGAAACCAUCGAUAGAUUCAAUGAGGAGGAAGCUUCCUUUGGCUUUGAGUUGUCACAAUAUCCUAUGAGGAAGCAGGUUCAUGAUAAGCUGACGCCUUACAAAAAGUUAUACGAUAACGCAACUGACUUCUUGAACAAGUACGAGUUAUGGAUGAAGUCCAGAGUAGGAAAGUACGAUCCAGAAGAAAUAGAAACGGAUACUGGCACAUACUAUAGGAAUAUUUAUAAGCUGGAGAAGACGUUUUCGGAUAAACCAGCUACAGCAGAACUAGCUAUGACUGUAAGAGAAAGAAUAGAAGAAUUCAAAGAACAUAUGCCGAUAAUCCAGACACUUGGAAAUCCAGGCAUGAAAGAACGUCACUGGGAAAAAGUUUCGGAGAUCGUAGGCUUCCCCAUUAAGUUAGACGCAGAUCUAACCUUAGAGAAAAUCAUUGAUUACGGUCUGGAUGACUACGUGGAGAAGUUUGAGGCUAUUUCAGAAGCUGCGACCAAGGAGAACAAUCUGGAGAAGAACCUCAGUAAGAUGAUGGCCGAGUGGCAUGAUAUGGAGUUCACUGUGUUGAUCUACAGGGAUACAGGUACUUACAUCCUAUCUGCUGUAGACGAUAUUCAAGUACUACUAGACGAUCACAUUGUCAAGACUCAAACUAUGAAGAACUCACCGUACAUUAAACCAUUCGAAAAGGAAAUUCUUUCCUGGGAGGCAAAGUUGGUCUUGCUUCAAGAAAUUCUAGAUGAAUGGUUAAAGGUGCAAGCAACCUGGAUGUAUUUGGAGCCAAUAUUUUCAUCACCAGACAUUCAGCAGCAAAUGCCCGAAGAAGGCAGGAGAUUCAGCGCGGUUGAUAAGAUUUGGAGAGAUCUAAUGAAAACCGUAUUUGGUGAUCCCAGAGUUCUGUCAGUAGUGGAUAUUGAUAAGAUGGCGGAAAGAUUGAAGAAGUGCAAUAACUUGCUUGACUUGAUCCAAAAGGGACUCAACGACUAUUUGGAGAAGAAGAGAUUAUAUUUCCCAAGAUUCUUUUUCUUAUCCAAUGACGAGCUGCUAGAGAUUCUAUCUGAAACAAAAGAUCCAACAAGAGUGCAACCUCAUCUGAAGAAGUGCUUUGAAGGAAUAGCGGCCUUGACAUUUUCCGAGGAUCUGGACAUCUCUGAAAUGAAGUCCAGCGAAGAUGAGAUUGUGCCACUUGUUGACGUCAUUCAGACAGCUCUGGCCAGAGGUCAAGUAGAGAAGUGGUUAGUCGAAUUGGAGACUGACAUGAAGAAGUCCGUUCACUUCUUGGUUGGUGAAGCUAUAGAAGAUUAUACGAAGAAGCCUAGAGACCAAUGGGUCCUGAAAUGGCCGGGUCAGUGUGUGAUAGCUGUCAGUUGCACAUAUUGGACCACAGAAUCUACACAAGCGAUCAACGUCAGUACGGACGCGCUAAAAGCUUAUUUAGAUAAGUGGAAUAUGCAGCUAGCUAAGGUCGCAGAUCUUGUUAGAGGACACUUGGGUCCUGGAAAUAGGAUAACUCUGUCUGCGUUGGUGGUACUUGACGUACACGCAAGAGACGUUUUGCAAGGUUUAGUGGAACAAGAAGUCAGUAAUGUCCACGAUUUCAAAUGGCUGUGUCAGUUGCGAUACUAUUGGCAGGAUAAACAACUGAUUACAUCCAUGAUUAACUCCACCUUAAAAUACGGAUAUGAGUACCUGGGUAACACCGCUAGAUUGGUGGUAACUCCUCUUACUGAUAGGUGCUAUAGGACCUUGUUUGGAGCUCUGCACCUACAUUUGGGAGGAGCCCCUGAGGGUCCUGCGGGAACUGGCAAAACAGAAACCACAAAGGACCUGGCAAAAGCUGUGGCGAAGCAGUGUGUUGUUUUCAAUUGUUCAGAUGGAUUGGACUAUAUCGCACUUGGUAAAUUUUUCAAGGGUCUUGCUUCUUGUGGUGCCUGGUCCUGUUUCGACGAAUUUAACCGAAUUGACCUGGAGGUGCUUUCUGUAGUUGCCCAGCAAAUUCUAACGAUACAAAGAGGCAUCAACUCUGGAAAUGAUCAGCUACUAUUUGAAGGCACAAUGUUGAAUUUGGACCCUACGUGUGCUGUGUUUAUUACUAUGAAUCCUGGAUAUGCUGGCAGAUCAGAGUUGCCAGAUAACUUGAAAGCGCUCUUCAGAUCUGUAGCAAUGAUGGUUCCAGAUUAUUGUCUCAUAUCUGAAAUCGAUCUUUUCUCAUCGGGUUUUUUGACAGCCAAGCCACUAGCUGUCAAAAUCGUUGCUACUUACAGAUUGUGCUCAGAACAACUAUCUUCUCAGUGUCAUUAUGAUUACGGUAUGAGAGCAGUCAAAUCCGUAUUAAGAGCUGCUGGUGCUCUGAAGCUACGAUAUCCGGACGAGAAAGAGAAUAUUUUAGUAUUGAGAUCUAUCAAAGAUGUAAACCUUGCGAAGUUUUUGGAAUUCGACGUUCCACUGUUUCAGGUAGGAUUGAUGUGUGGUUAA